UCGCGACAACCCCGACUGUCGUAAACCGGUGAAUGGCUUCUGGGGAGAGGCAAGCGGGUGAGAGAGCCUGAGCGGCGGCUGUUCCCCCUAAAGCGCCACCCUCCCCCUUCCGCUCACCUCCUCCUCCUCGCCAAGGCAAGGCCAUGGAUCCCAACAGGAUCAUCCAGGCCCUCAAAGGCACUAUUGAUCCGAAGCUGAGGCUGGCAGCCGAGAAUGAACUCAACCAGUCCUACAAGAUCAUCAACUUUGCUCCUAGUCUGCUACAGAUCAUUGUUUCUGAUCAAGUGGAAUUCCCAGUCCGGCAGGCAGCGGCUAUUUACCUGAAGAACAUGGUGACACAGUACUGGCCAGAUCGGGAGCCACCACCUGGUGAAGUGAUAUUUCCAUUCAACAUUCAUGAAAAUGAUCGACAGCAGAUUCGAGAUAACAUUGUGGAAGGAAUCAUUCGCUCUCCAGACUUAGUGAGGGCCCAGCUGACAAUGUGUCUCCGUGCUAUCAUAAAACAUGACUUCCCAGGACACUGGACAGCAGUGGUGGACAAAAUAGGCUAUUACUUGCAGUCUCCAAAUAGCGGGAGCUGGCUAGGAAGCCUACUGUGCCUGUACCAGCUUGUGAAAACCUAUGAGUACAAGAAGGCUGAGGAGCGUGAACCCCUCAUUGCUGCGAUGCAGAUAUUUUUGCCUCGGAUUCAACAGCAGAUGAUCCAGCUCCUUCCUGAUAACUCCCACUACUCUGUGCUCCUUCAGAAACAAAUCCUAAAGAAUUUCUAUGCACUUGUUCAGUAUUCACUGCCACUUCAGCUGAUGAAUAACCAAACCAUGACUCAGUGGAUGGAGAUUUUCCGAUCUGUCAUUGACAGAAGUGUGCCUCCUGAGACUCUGCAAAUUGAUGAAGAUGAUAGGCCGGAACUGGUGUGGUGGAAAUGUAAGAAGUGGGCUUUGCGGAUUGUUGCUCGUCUUUUUGAAAGAUACGGCAGUCCUGGAAAUGUAACAAAAGAAUACUUUGCGUUUUCUGAGUUUUUCUUGAAAACCUAUGCCGUUGGAAUCCAACAGGUUCUUCUAAAAAUCUUGGACCAAUACAGGAGGAAAGAAUAUGUUGCUCCUCGUGUCCUUCAACAAACAUUAAAUUAUUUGAACCAAGGAGUCCAUCACUGUAUAACCUGGAAGCAGAUGAAACCACAUAUGCAGGCAUUAUGUGAAGAUGUGAUCUUCUCCCUGAUGUGUUAUAGAGAUGAGGAUGAAGAGCUUUGGCAAGAGGACCCCUAUGAGUAUAUCCGCAUGAAAUUUGAUGUGUUUGAGGAUUAUGCAUCCCCAUCAACAGCAGCUCAGCUUCUUCUGUACACUGCAGCAAAAAAGCGAAAAGAGGUGUUACCAAAAAUGAUGGCAUUUUGCUAUCAGAUCCUCACUGAACCCAAUGUUGAUCCUAGGAAGAAAGAUGGAGCAUUACAUGUGAUAGGAUCUCUAGCAGAUAUUUUGCUGAAGAAGAGUGUAUUCAAGGAUCAAAUGGAGCUGAUGCUGCAGAAUCAUGUCUUCCCAUUGUUUAUGUCAAAUCUGGGAUAUCUGAGAGCAAGAUCCUGUUGGACUCUUCAUUCAUUCAGCUCUUUGAAAUUUCACAAUGAACUCAACCUGCAGAAUGCUGUGGAGCUAACAAAGAAAUGCCUGAUUGAUGACAAAGAAAUGCCUGUGAAAGUAGAGGCAGCCAUUGCACUUCAGUCUUUAAUAAGCCACCAAGAGCAAGCAAAAGAAUACAUUAAGCCCUACAUCAGGGCUGUUAUGCAGGAGCUAUUGCUUGUUGUCCGAGAGACUGAGAAUGAUGAUCUCACUAAUGUAAUCCAGAAGCUGAUUUGUGAAUAUAGCCAGGAAGUAGCAACAAUUGCUGUUGAAAUGACACAACAUUUGGCAGAAAUCUUUGGCAAAGUUCUUCAAAGUGAAGAGUAUGAAGAAAUGGAGGAUAAAACUGUUAUGGCCAUGGGGAUCCUGCAUACAAUUGACACAAUCCUGACUGUUGUGCAAGACCACAAGGAGAUAACUCAACAGUUGGAGAGCAUUUGCUUACAAAUAAUUGGUCUUGUCUUGCAAAAGCACGUAAUAGAAUUCUAUGAAGAAAUCCUCUCUCUCGCAUACAGCUUGACAUGCCACCUUAUUUCACCACAAAUGUGGCAGCUUUUGGGUGUCUUAUAUGAAGUGUUUCAGCAGGAUUGCUUCGAGUACUUUGUAGAUAUGAUGCCUCUCUUACACAACUAUGUCACUGUUGAUACUGAUACUUUAUUGUCAAAUCCCAAAAACCUGGAGAUAAUUUACAGUAUGUGUAAAAAGGUAUUAACUGGUGACGCAGGCGAGGAUGCUGAGUGUCAUGCAGCCAAGCUCUUGGAGGUCAUUAUUCUGCAAUGCAAAGGGAGAGGCAUUGAUCAGUGCAUCCCUCUCUUUGUUGAAGCUGUUCUAGAACGCUUAACACGAGGCGUCAAAACCAGCGAGCUCCGCACCAUGUGUCUGCAGGUUGCCAUUGCUGCUCUUUAUUAUAAUCCCGCGCUCCUUUUGCACACGUUAGAGAAUAUCCGAUUUCCUCACAACCCAGAACCAAUCACUGCACAGUUUAUAAAUCAGUGGAUGAAUGAUACAGAUUGUUUUCUUGGCCUUCAUGACAGGAAGAUGUGCAUCAUAGGACUGAGCAUCUUGAUGGGGCUGCCAAACCGACCUCCUGCUGUCGACGCAGUGGCUGCACAAAUUGUUCCAUCCGUUCUCCUCUUGGUUUUGGGCCUAAAACAAGUGUGUGCCACCCGGCAGCAUACAGAACACGAAGAGCGUGCUAAAGCUGAAAAGAACGACACAGAAGAUAAUGAAGAGAUUCCAAGUGAUGAAGAAGAGGCAAAUGAAGUAACCCAGGAAAUGCAGGAGAACCAUGCGGGCGGCGGAGGUGAUGCAGGGGAUGAAGAUGAUGAUGAUGACGACGAUGACUGGGAUGAUGAUGCUUUGGAAGAAACUGCUUUAGAAGGCUUCAGCACCCCCAUUGACUUGGAAGAUGCUGUGGAUGAAUAUCAAUUCUUUACACAGGCACUAAUAGAAGUACAGAGCCGAGAUGCCGCCUGGUACCAUUUGCUGACCACUCCACUCAGCAAUGAUCAGAAGACCCAGCUGCAGGAAAUCUGUGCAUUAGCUGAACACCGGCGGAGUUCUGCAGAAAGAAAGAGGAUAGAAGAGCAAAUGGGCUUCACGUUCAAUAAUAAAGAAAUGGUCUCAGGAUUUAACUUUGGCAGUGCUCCGGGAACCAACUGAAGGGGAAAUGCUUUAAAGAGACUGCAGAAUAUUUCAUUAUUGCAUUUUAUUAAAACGACAGCAUCAUUUGUGACUCGUGAACAGACAAGGGAGGGCUCUGGAAGAUUCCCUUUUGGGAAAGGCAGCGGCUAACCCUCUUCCCACCCUCUUACGCAGACACUCUUUCUAACCAGCUACUGUAAUGUAUAAAGUCUUGUGGUAUUUUUAUAAGUUGUUGAACUGAACAGAAAGUCUCUGUCCCUUUUCCUUCUGCUAAGGAAGCAGAGCAGCAGACGCGUGAAAUUGGAUGGAGUUGCACCUCUCAGGUCUUUGCCAUUGAAACCGAAGGGGUCCCGUGGAGAACAGUGCCUUCUGUUGCAUAUGGAUUGCCUGAACACAAGAAUUUUGGAGUGCAUUGUAAUUUUUUUCCUUUUUUAAAAGGAAGGACAUUUAUAGUCACACUUCAGAUUUUGCUUUCCGUGCUUUUCUGUUACCUUACUCUAGUUUAAUUUUGGCUGCAUUUUGUCAGUCGCAGACAUCCCAUCAUUGCUACACAAAUCUUUCCACUUUUCUGCAUUUGUAUACAUUCAGGUAAUGUUCACGAGAGUUAGAGAAAGUAUGUUUUUGCAAAUGUUCUCAGAAAGCAGCUCUCAGUCUCUUAAGAGGACUCCAUUCAUGCAUUCUGCCCUGGGUGGUGGGAGCACCCUUCUAUCCUGGAUUGGCCCCAUCCCAUUCUUGGCCCGCAACAACUGGGUCUUUCUGUUGACAUGUAUAGCUCAAAACGUGUCCAAAGCACCCUGGCAACUUAUACUGCUUAAGGCAGGCAUCAUGGGCAAACUUUGGCCCUCUAGGUGUUUGGACUUUAAGAAUUGUAGGAGUUGGAAGUCCAAAACAGCUGGAGGGCCAAAGUUUGCCCAUGCCUGCCUUAAGAUAAGAUCCAGCAGUGGUAAAUCGCUCUUUCUGGAAAAUGUGUAUACUGCAGAAUCUAGGAAUGUUACUUUCCUGGCUUAUCACUUUCAGAAUCGGCAUCUGCCAUGGGUAGUGGGCAUUUGCCUAUUUGGAGGCUGUAAAAAUUAACUUCAAGUAUACUGGAUGAUCUGAGAUACCUUAGAGUUCAUGAGAAUCACCUGAAAGCCACUGCUUCAAUGAAACCGAAAGACAUUGCAAAUCUUUCAGGAGAAAAGUCUGUUGACUAUGCAAUGAAGCUGCUGGUCUUGCCCCUUCAGAUCAAGAGGGUUUCCACACCUUUAAAGAGGAGAGUGCUGUUGUGGAUUUUAUUUGUGUAUCAGUAAUCAGAUGGUGGGCUUUGUAAGUAGGUACCAGCUUUAGGAUGGUGUCUGUCUUGAAUGCCUUCUACUUGCACUGAAAACGUAUUGUUCUUCCAACCCAUGUCAGCAAUGAAAAUGUAGGCUUUAAAGAAUUGUUUUUAUUGGUUGCCUAUCCCUUAUCCUGUAUACGGCAACUGGGAGAUCAUUUUGAUUUUUCCUUUGUUUUCUGAGCAAAAUAUGAGUGGAAUAAUCAAUCAGAAUAGAUUGGUGCAAAAUGGUGAGGCACCUUAGCUUAAAACAUGGGAGGGGUUGGGGGUGUUUACCACUACUGAUCACUGUCUGUAUGAUGUGGGCUGGACUGAGUCCUUGACUAUCAAGUGACCUUCCCCAUACUCAAAUGUCUUCCACUUCUUUCUUUAGUUGCCCUCUCCUUAACUUAGUAAUAUUUGGUAUUCCUUUUGUGAGUGUGGUGUUCAAGCUGCUAUGGUUUCUAGCCACACUUGACGACUGCUUCUUCUGAGAUAUUAUUUGUUUCUGUGCUCAUACAAAACAGAUACACCAAGCUGAAGGAUGUAAUCAUACCUUAAAUAUGACUCCCCUGCUUUAAAAUAUACAGAAGUUACAUGAGGGUUAAGAUCAGACACCUCCCUCAGUGGAUUUGGAAAGGAAAAAACUAUGUUUGGAACAUGAGUGCAGCCUUCAUAAUUUACUUGGUUGCAGGUAUAUGUUGUACUUUGAUCUUGGGCUAAAAUUCCCAGUACACUAAAGCAAAGAGUAAGAUGUGCUUUCACCAAGGAAUUGCCAUCAAUCCUAACUUUUUGACAGGUGUACCUGUGAAAUGGAUGUAUUGGCAAGUACCACUCAAUCUCAUUCAUGUAUUACAUUCUGAUGUUCCUUUUAAAAGAGGUGCACUCCAGUGGUUCUCAACAUGUGGGUCCCCAGAUGUUUUGGCCUACAACUCCCAGAAAUCCCAGCUAGUUUACCAGCUGUUAGGAUUUCUGGGAAUUGAAGGCCAAAACAUCUGGGGAUCCACAGGUUGAGAACCACUAACUUAGACUCUUGUCAAAUUAACAUUUAUAUUCUGUUUAGGCUUUUAUGUGGAGUGACAAGCUCCCACCACCUCUUAAAUUUGUUUUGGUUCCUUCUUGAUCCUCUCCUUUGUGUCCCAAAGACAUUUCAUGUAGUGUAAAUGUUUUAGUCUUUUAUAAUCCAUUUCCUCUGCCUUUCUGGAAACUAUCACUAUGCAAUUGGUAUGUGGAUGGAAAAAAGAGAGGGAGAGGGUGUGGAAAUAAGAGUUUUUAAAAUGGGAGUCAAUAACUGUUGAUGUUUGGGCAGAAAUGCUAGAAGCAGUAUCGUUUUCUUAAAAAUACUUUGAAAAUUUGUUAGCAUUUAAGCCCAUUUUGCUUUUAUCUUCUCACUUUUCUUCCUUUCAUAAUUCCUUUUAGAAUUGAUUAUCUCAGCAGCAAUCCUGGUGAUGUGCUAGGCUGGAAUAAGUGUUCAAGUGUAGGCAAGUCAUGGCAGGAGGAAGAAGGACAUAAGUGCAGUAAUCAUACAGAAUAUGAGGCAUUGGGGAAAUAAGCUGCUCAGAGCCAUGAGGUUGGUUGGCUUUCUCAUACUACUGUCUUGGAACUAUGUGAAAAGUAUAAUAGCAUCCUACACCAACAAUUUCUAGUCCUUUUCUAGAGGAUUGGAAGUGACUUUCAGUAUUCUGCCAAGAGCUCAAUCGGAGAGGAACAAAAAUAUGUAUUGAUUGUCCACUAAUGAAUACCGUGAAUUUCAGUAAUUUUGAACGUCACUUCUUUUGUUACAUCUAAAUCACUGCAUAGUGGUUUUUUUUAUUAAAUUUAUUUUAAUAGAUACAAAUUUUAUAGCAUUGUUGCUACAUCCAAAUCAUGUCAUGGUAUAACAGACCCAGCUGAUUCACCUCAUGUAGUACCUCUCCUCCUAGAAUACACUACAUUAGGCUACCAUUGAGAAAAAGGGGAGUGUGUCUUAAUGUUUCCUUCCACAACUCUUCCUAUGUUUUUAAAACUACCACAACAGAAGGAAAUCUUCUCUCCUAUACCCUAGUUUAUGGUGUGUAAGGAAGAUUAGGACAAGACCUCUCGCUCGCUUAAUUGGAUAAUGGGUGCUGUCUAGAGAGUAAUACAUGCUGAGAUUCUGCUACCUAUAUAGAUAGUUGUUAAGUGAAGUGCCUGCCCCCUAAUAUGCAUUUGUACUGAGGAAUACUUGAGGAUCUCACUGGUCUCACAUGUUGCCUCACAAUUUUGCAUCCCCCUGUAUCUUAUUGUUUUUUUGAUGUCGAGAUGAGAUAUGACAGGGCUGUCUUCAGACAGAUUUCCUUCGAAGCCCAAGUAGGAGUGAUUGCUUCACUUUUGUCUGUUCGGUGUUUGAUGACUGCACCCAACAGGUAGUGACUGGCAUGUAUAAAUUAGACCAUCAUGUUUAUGACAGUAUGGGGUAGCGUUUUCAUGUUGUCUCCCUUCGCCUCAAACACAAUGUUUUUCAACAUCAAUUCGCUGAAUGAACCUUCCUUAUUACUAAGGAAUAGAGUGACAGAUAUCUAAGUCAUGGGCAUGCAACCCGUAGGAGUAUUCCAUCUGUCUUUAAACAACUGGUGCCAAAUUCUACCACUGUCAUGAUGAUUGCAGGCAUUCUGGGUUCUUAAAUAUGGAGUUGUUUAAUCUACCAGAACUGUAAACAUGUAGGCAAACCUAAUUGUUCCCUCUUGCUAAAUUUCAAACCCUUGCUCUCAAAAAAAAAAAAUAGAUGCCAGGUGGCAGAGUCUUCAUCUUUUAUUUGUUCUGCCUUUGACUCAAGUUGAAGGAAUCACCAUAGUUACUGUAACAACACAAACCUUCAUUUGAAAUAGUAGCCUCCUACAAGGAGAAUGCAAGAGAGAACUGUUUCUCCUCAGUUGUGGAUGAGUCUUGAUCUGCUUUCACGGAGAUUAGUUUAAAAUUUUGUCCAACUACACAUGAAACUGUACUGUAGGGGUGGCUUGUGGAUUCACAUUGCAGGAGAAGAAAACCACUUUCAGUUUUAUGACAACUCCACACACAGGCAGCCUGAAUUGUGAAGGAGUUUCCUGGAUGCUGGAGUCUUUUCUGAUUGACCUUUGGCACCAGGAGAAAUCUUGGAACAAUUGUGAGAGGGGUGACCAUAAAACUGAAAAGAAACCCACCAUUGACUCCUGCUGAACUAGAGCACAGUCUCAUUUGUGUGUUUUUCAUGUGCCUCCUCUUAUGUUUUAUUAUUACUUUACACUGGACUCUCUUUGUAAAAAGUCUCCACUGUGAAAUGUUUUCUAGGAUUACUGUGUUCUAAUUCAGAGAGAGUGAGAGUGAGCACUACUCCCCACAGAUGCCAAGUAGCAAAAGCUUUGUAUUACUCUCUACGUCCUAGAUUGCCUUCCCUGCAUCUGGGGAAAACCUUUAAUGUUCUCUGAGUUCUCUGUGUGUUCUAUGCAGUUCAACGUUUUAGAAAGAACUCAAUCAGAGUUGGGUAAUGUGUGACCUUGAAAUGUUGGAAUGCAAAUCCCAUCAACCCUAGCCUGUGCAACCAAAGAAGAGGCAUUAGCACAGCCUAGCAACACCUGAGAGCCCCUCUGCUUAUCAUUAUCAUGUGUGCUCUGCAUCUCUGGCAAGUCUCCCUCCCGGAUUGGGCAAGGCCACUGCUGUGACUCAAGUGGUGGCUCAUUCUCUUUUAACUCAGUUCAUUUUCACCUGUUUGCCCUGGGCUUCUGGUUUCACUUGUCUACACAGAAGGAAGGGCCUCUUCAGUAGGUAAUGUGAAAGAGACCUGUGAGAUUUGCUGCUCUAUAAUUCAGAGUUGUUAAAGGUUGUUUUUAUUUUAAGACUUCUCUCACAAAAACUCAGGUUAUGGCAUAUGUAUCCCUCUCUUGCUCUCUCCCUUUUAAACUCCCCCCCCCUCCCAACUGAAGAAAAUGAUUCAGAGGUGUUUUUUCAAGACCACCUGUACAUAACCUGGGCUGUGUUAGGGCUUUAAGACUCGAGUCUUCCUAAGUCUGGAUCCAGCAUUCAAAACAGACUGCUGUGCCAUCCAGACACUCUGCUGAGAUUGGGAUUAUUCCACCAAAUGCUUAGCAAUACACCUCUUGAGUGUUUGAUGCAAGUAUGAUGUCAUACUAGUUUGAGCGAAUUCUGACAUUUGAUUACUGUAUUCAAGAAAUGAUGUUUCUGAGUGGUCACUGCCCUCACACAAGUGAAUGCUCAUUGGAUCAUCCAUAUAAUUGGUUCUAAGAUUGUCUUGUGGCUCAUCAUUCACCAGGUUCUUCUGUGAUUUGCCAAUUAGUCCCUAAGUGAGUUGUAUAUUAGACCUAUUUUCAUGCUGUAUUUUCACAUGUAUGUCAGUUAUAGGCAUUUCUGUAGGAGUUGUUCUAUGAAAACAACAUGUUUGUAUUGGAAACACCACUCUUUAUGAGCCUGAGGACCAUCUGUCCUGUGUGUGCUUGCUUAACAGGAUGUCUUCUAACAUUGUUGCCCUCUGUUUGCCUUGCACUUCCAAGAGUGUAUUGGAUUGCCUUGAUUUUGUUUUCUUUACUUCUGGGUGCCGCUUUUAGACUCCAUUCUGAAUCUGUGACUGUACUUGUAUGGCAGUUCAUUGGAUCCAGACCACAAAAUAAAAUUCUAGACAUCUCCAUAACAAAUAAAAGUCUCUGCUUUGAGGUCUUCUA